ACUAUUGGUCAACCUCAAGUAUGCUCUAACCAGGGCAUGUGAUUAGUACCUGCAGCUAUAGCCGCUAGCAGCAGGGGUGGACUGACAACUCAUGGGGCCCCCAGGCAAUAGGGGAUCAUGGGGCCCCUGUGUCUUUGCCAAACUCAAAAAAGCCUAUGAAAAAGGUACCAGGGGAAUCUUAUGGGGCCCCCUACUGACCCCGGGCCCUCGGGCAGUGCCCGAGUUUCCAAAUGGUCAGUCUGCCCCUGGCUAGCAGUAAUCA